GACCUUCGAGUAUAAUGAAAAGAUUCAGAUAUUUUGUAUUUUACUUUGGGAUACCUGCACUUUUCGUGUUGGUAUUACUCAAUGCAUUAGCAUAUAAGCAACAUAUUGUAACUGUUGUGAAGAGCAAAGACGCUGAGAUCUCACAAAACUUUGCUCAGCUACAUAGACUGUCUACGACAGUAAUAACCAAGACAAAUGAAACUCAAAAACGGUGUAGUUCAGAGAAAUCAUCAAACAGUUAUAGCAAUGGGGAACUUAUGAACAUUUCGGACCAAGAAAAGUUAGUCUCGGAGGCAAAAAAGAACAUUUCGGACGAAUAUAAUAACUCAAAAAAAUAUGAGCGAACUGCUAGUGAUAGCACUUUAACGCCGAAGGAUUCUUUGGAAUAUUGCAUGAGAUUUUUAAGCAACCCAGUUAAUGGUUUGCAAUCAGACAUACUUGGAGAAAAGUCAUACCAACCCGUCCCAGAUCACACAAGUGACGAGAAUAUAUUAGCUCUUCUCGAAGAUGGAUGCGAGACAUUUGGAAAAAGGUUUUUCUUCAUGACCUCGGAAGAAAACUUUCAAUACGUCACUAAAGAAGAAAGAAAUUAUCCAAUCGCUUACUCUAUCGUGACUCACCGCCAAUUGAAUCAACUUUCUAUGCUCCUUGGUGCUAUCUACCGGUCUCAAAAUUUGUACUGUAUACAUGUUGAUGCAAAAUCUAAUCAAACUUUAAGAAAUGGUGUAAAACUUAUAUCUCAAUGCUUCCCUAAUAUAUUUUUGUCAUCAAAAACUGAAAGGGUCAUUUAUGCAUCGUUCAGUAGGCUUCAGGCUGAUGUCAACUGUAUGAGAGAUCUAUUGGCAGUUCCCAAAUCUAUGUACAAUUGGAAUCACUGUAUAAACCUGUGUGGUCAGGAUUUUCCGGUCAGUACUAACUAUGAAAUAGUUCAACAACUGAAAGCAUUGAAAGGAAAGAACACUGUUGCAGGAACAAGGGAGUUGAACGACAUUGCAAGAUUGAGAACCAACUUCGUGUACAGGGUCAUAAAUGUCACAAAUGAACGGAACGAAACGAUUGAAGUCGACUCUAAAACGUUCGAGAAGCAUCGGCCACCUCCUUAUAACAUGACUGUGAUCAAGAAUCUCGCAUAUAACACCCUAACGAGAGAAUUCCUUCAGUGGGCGCUAGUGGAUAGCAAAGAAGGUGCUGAUCUUUUAAAUUGGUCUUCAGUGACCCACACACCGGAUGAGCAUUUCUGGGGAAUGCUUAAUGCAUAUCCAGGAGCCCCGGGAGGUUCAAGUUAUGUUUCCUGGUGGCAAGUAGCCCGUGCAGUCAUGUGGAAGAAUAACAAAGCAAAUGAUAUAUGCCAUGGUUACUGGGUUCGAGGAGUUUGCGUUCUUGGAGCGGGUGACCUACCCUGGAUCAUGAAAGUACCUCAAAUGUUUGUGAACAAAUUUGACGUCACCUACGACGUCACACCCGUGACGUGUAUACGGACAUUUUUAAAACAAAAGACGAUUGAAUAUAAUUCUACUCUGAAUAAUAAUAAGAAACCAUUGCAACUUCCGUGGCAAAUGUUGGACGGAUGAAAAACUCUCUCUAGCUUCAAAAGCACAAGAAAAGUUUUCAUUUUAACGUUUUUGCUAUUUUCACUUUUGAACAAGGCUGUGUAGGCGCAGCCACUUAGAUAGUAUAAGAUAGUAAUAUCCCGAAGCUAAUAUUGUUUAGAAUGAUUAUUCUUUUUCGAUUCAGCGAACCCCAGGCAAAUUCAUUACACUAUGGAAGAGGUGAUGGACAUGGGUUUUAUUCUGUCGUCUUUAACUUGUCAACUUUCAUACAUAAUUCAGAAUAACGAUUGAUCACGACGCAACCGUGUUUAUUAAGCUGUCAUGAAAAAUAAAAAUUAUAAAAAAAGAAUCUUAAAAAUAUUUGAUGCAUAUCAAAGAUUUGCACAGCAUGUGAGACAAGUCUGGGUGUCUCAAAAUGAAAACUACAAAAAUAUCACCUUGUUGUAGCUUGUAACUUUUGCGAUCUAAAUUCUAAAUGUUCUGAAUUAUUCAAAAUUAAUUUUUAAUUCACAAUUAAAUUGCAAUUUAGUUCAACUA